AUGGCGUUCGAACUUAUGGCUCGCCUGGCUCGACUCAUGUUCCGUUUCAUAUAUGGAACUGCUACCAGAAUGGCCUCCAUUUCGUGGAAAGCUUUAUACCUGUUGACCUUCGUGUGGCUUACUACCGUUCCUCUUCUCAAUACGAUCAGCACUGUCUUAGGGCCGCUAUGUGUUGUUCCCGGGAUUGCCAGCACGAACCUCUGCUCGCACUUUAUCAGCCACCAAAACUAUACAACUCGUCCCCUAUGGGCCGACUUCCCUCGUCUUAUGAACGCACAAAGUUUGACGUUUGAGCAGCUCUUGGACAGCUCAGUGGGGGGCUCAGGUUUAUCACUAGACCUCAAGAAAGCGGAAAUGGCUAUAUCUGACCUGGUUGUCCUCGUAAAGUUCAGCAAACUGUCCAGUAAGGACGUGUUGGGUGAUGCGUUGUCGACUUUUGCCCAUGAUGCUCGUCGUACUGGGCGUGGCCUACAAACCUUAGGCUCAAAGGUUGGAGGUGCUGUUGAUAUGAUAUUGGCAGUUAACGAGUACGCCAUGGCCAAACUCUCCUCCAUUCCACCGUCAUCUCCUUUCAUUUCCCAUUCCCUGGUUCCAUUCAAUUCCGCAUCUUCCCUGGAGAAAAUAUUCCUUGCGUCUUUCGCAGAAUCGAUGAGCACUCUUUCUACUAUCAUUCAACGCCUAAUCCUGCUUGCCGAAGUUGAACUCUCCAACCUCGAGAAGCUUGAAGACCACCUGUCGAUCAUCUAUGAGAUAGUCUGUCGAGAGGAUUCGUCGAUCUCGUCCGCCAAAGCCGAGCUACUUGGAGAAAUCUGGACUCGGCUUGGUGGUAAUCGGCGCGAGCUAAAAGGUCAUGACGCUCACUUGGAGCUCCUUCGUGGGAUUGGCGGAUAUCGCAAACAAGCACUAGCUCAUGUAGCAUCUGCGCUACAGAUCUUGAGGGCUCUAAGUGACGAUAUGGAGGAUAUGAGAGAGAGGAUGAUGAUGCCAGAUCUUGUGGGCUCGCAAAUUCCGUUGGAAGUGCAGAUCAACAGUAUCCAACACGGUCUGCAACGACUUAGAGACUCUAAAGUCUUGGCGAAAGAAAAGGAAGAAGGGGCAAUGCGGAGAGUUGCGAUUGUGGAAGGAUAA